AUGUUUACAAGAUUCCUUUUCUGUCUCAGACUGCUCGGCUUCACCCUCUCCCUCUCUUUGCAAAGACUUGGCAUUUAUCUAUCCGCAAAUAUCCACCGGUUCAGGUACAAAUCCGUCUCAGAGCCGCGCAACGUGGUGGUCAUAGGCGGCUCGUUCGCCGGGUAUUUCCUGGCGAAGCGACUCUCCGAGUCCCUGCCUACGGGAUACAGGGUGGUCUUGAUCGAGAGACAUUCCGAUUUCCACUUCACGUGGAAUUUUCCCCGCGCUACAGUCGUCGCAGGGCAGGAAUACAAUGUCUUCAUCCCCUACCCUGACACUGGCCCACGGGGUGCUCCUGAUGGAGCAUACGUUUUCAAGCAAGGCGAUGUCGUCGCGAUCGAAGCCAGGAAAGUCAUACUACAGGAUGGGUCAGAGAUUGAAUACGAGUAUCUUGCCAUCGCGACGGGGUCGAGCUCGAGGUAUCCAGCGAAGCUGGACGGGAACGACGCAAACGAGAAUGCCCGCAGCACGAGAUUCUUCCAGCAAGAGCAACAGCGUGUGACGGCUGCCCAGGACAUUGUCGUCGUCGGCGGUGGCGCUGCGGGCGUUGAAGUCGCCGGGGAUAUCAAGAGCAAAUAUCCGCAGAAAAGCGUCAGGCUAGUGCAUUCUCGGGAGAAGUUGCUCAACAGUUUUGGCGGGGAGCUUCAUGAUAUUGCAAAAAAGGCUCUCGAGGACCUAGGUGUGAAGCUGCACCUGGGUGAGCGUGUUAUUUCUGGCCUGGACGGGGACAAUCCCAAGCAGAUCACGCUUCGCGACGGCAAUGUCAUCCAAUGCGACAUGGUGAUCCGGUGCACGGGCCAAAGGCCCAACUCCGACGUUCUUAGGGAGUUCUCACCAUCCUCCGUCUCCGCGUCGGGCGCCAUCCUCGUGGACAAGACUUUGCAGAUCCGAAACGCGCCGUCUCCCAAUAUCUUCGCGCUGGGCGACGUGGUCGACCUGCCCGGUCCGAAGAUGGGCCGCGCCGCCACGAUGCAGGGGUUCCUGGUCGCAGAGAACAUUGUACAGGCUAUCCGAGGGAAGCAGACGAAAACGAGGACAGUGUUGUUGAAGAAAUACACGCCUUCCAUGGUCGAUUCAUCAAUUGAAUUGACGCUGGGACUGGGCAAAAGUGUCAUGUUCAUCAGUGACGGCAUAGAGAACAUGUCGAUUCGGAAAACCAUGCCCGACGAAGCUAUGCACGCGGUCCAGAUGUGGAAAAUGAUGGAUGCGCAGCACUCACCAGUCGCCAAUGAUCCUGGUGACGGGACUGGAAGGUCGGCGGCAGCUUCUUCAAAAUUGUAG